AUGGCUUGGUUGCGGCUCGUUGCGCAAUUAGCGCCCGUCUUUAUUACCUUGCUCCCUCCUGUCGCAGAGGCUCAAUACUACCAAGAUUACAUGCCUGACACCACUACCCCUGGCGCUUACCUAUAUCGUGCUGUCCCGAACCAGACUCCAUGGCGCGUUUUCAACGUCGAGCCUUACACCGUUUACCUAUCCUACAACUGCCACUACAUGAAAGAGAUUUGCAAAAAUGUCGAGGCAUUCCAGGCCACCUCGCGGGGGCAAAAUCUGCAUCCCCUAAGUGGAAUUAGCGGAAAUGUUUAUGGCUACGAUCUAGACACUGGCGAUGAUCAUUCUCACCAAGAGUCGCGCCGUUCAGCCUCUUGUCCACCAACCUGGAAAGCCACCCACCCGUGCCCGGAGGUUGACCAGAGCAAGCCCAUGCGACAGGACGGCGAGUGGUUCACGACAUCACUGGAGCCAGGGUCGCCUGUAAAUGCUUUGAAGCACCUGCGUGAUUCUAAUAACAAUAUUAUUGCGGAGUCUGGUAUCCGUUACUCGUGUGAUGAGUUCCCGCCCGCGACUUGGGUUGAGGGUGGAAACGGCUGGCAUCGAAAUUCCGCUUCUGAGACGCGUUGUGCCGCAAUCGCCUGUGACGGGGCCCCCCAAGGCACCAAGGCUGAACAAAAUUGGCAGGGACUAUCUCAUGUCGAAUUGCGCAGAGAGCUUAUGCACUAUGGAAGGAACGAGAAUGACCCCGAGUGGAACGAAAACAAGUCAAUCCUCUUAUUCCGAUUUUUGGCAAAUGAUGACGGCGCAGACGGAAUUGCAGCCAGGGUGACAACCACGAGAGAUGUCGGCGAUGCCGACGAGCCCGUUUCUGAUUUCCCUAUCACUCAAGCAAAACGCAGUGCAACCAGAAAGUCUGCCCUGACUGGCCCGGGACUAACAGCGGAAGAGCUCAAGGCUCGAGUUAGAACAGGAAAAGCCUAUCAAACGCGGAUACACGAGAACCUCACGAUUACCAAACAAGGCUUAGAGUACCGCGACCAUUUCAUGCGCAGCUACCUCCAAUUGCGUGGUAUCGCUCGGCUGAACCGCUCGAAUCCGGGGUUCAAGGCGAUCUUUCUGAAAGACUCGCUGGAAUCGCCCGUGCUUAGGCUCCGAGGUGCACAGUCCUCACCCAAAUCCGCGUCGCUGGUCAGAAACACCACAUCCUUGGAGCUGAAUGCGGCUCGGCGCAUUGUGGAUAAUGCUCGUGCCGAGUCAGAUAAGCUGAACAGGGCUCGAUUGACGAACCCUCUCCGUAACAGAUACUUUUACGGGCGAGGGAACAACACGGUACCCGGAGCUGCUCGGUGGAAGACCCUGCGUCAUAGCGGCACGCAAGUCGCGCAUGCUGACGAGGCCUCAAUGGUGCUAACGCCGCCACUUCUGCCAAUUACUGACGAAAUUGCUGCAGCAGCGGCCUUGGUAGCCGAGGCCGACCUAAAUACCAACCGUGGCAACUGGACGAGGCGUGCGACCGCAACUGGCAGGGGAACAUUUUGGAUGCAAAAUUUAGCCGGGCUAACAUGGACCGUCCUACCAGUAUCGCCCGUAAAGGCACCGUACCUUGGGGGAAUGAUACUUCCUAUGUACGUCGACAUCAGGAAAUUCAUCUUGUCAUCAACUAACCAAAGCAUCAAGAUUAUCUUCAGAAACGUUCUAGACUACGGAGCCGUGGGUGACGGUGUCACUGACGAUACUAAGGCUAUCAAUAAGGCCAUGGGAACUAACAGCACCCGAUGCGACCGUGGUUGCAACGGGUCAACGACAAAGAACGCCAUCGUCUACUUCCCACCCGGAAAGUAUCUCGUUUCCUCUACAAUUGCCAUGCCAUUCGGCACUCAGGUUAUUGGAGAUGCCAAUGACCGGCCAACACUCGUCGCCGCGCCGAAAUUUAUCGGCCUCGGCGUGCUGUCUACCGACGAGUACACAGGCGCCGAGGGUGCUGGUAUUGAUGGCAAAGACCCCGAAUACUUUGUGAACACGGCCAACUUUUAUCGUCAGAUCCGCAACAUCAGAAUUGACAUCCGUGAGGUUAAGGAGGGUUCUGUCAUCACAGGCAUCCAUUACCAAGUUGCCCAGGCCACGAGCACGCAAAACGUUGAGCUGAUUGCCAAGUCCGGCACGGAUCAGAUUGGCAUGUUUGCUGAAAAUGGCAGCGGCGGUAGCAUCUCUGAUAUCACCUUUACUGGCGGCGGCGUUGGCCUCAAGGCGGGUAGCCAGCAGUUCACAGCGCAGCGCCUCAAAUUCGACGGCUGUGACGUGGGUAUUCAAGUCAUUUGGGACUGGGGCUGGGUAUGGAAGUCUAUUACUAUGAAGAAUGUGGGCAUUGGCUUUAAGCUUGUCGGCGACGGCGGAGUUGGGAAUGAAUUGACAUUCCUCCUAGUUGGCUCUGUCUCGAUUUUGGACUCGUCGGUUACCGGUGCCAGCCAGGCGAUAGUCGUUAAUCACAUCGAUUCCGCUCCUGGUAAAGGCAGUACAGGAGUAUUCCUCGAGAACAUCGCUCUCUCGGGAGUUGGGGUGGCUGUGGCUGACACGACUGGUGCAACACUCCUGGCUUCAUCAGCCCACAUCGAUCAAUGGGCGGUUGGCCCUAUCUAUGAGGGCUCGAGUGCACGCUCCUUUUCUCCCGGCGGCAAAGUCGGAAAAUUUCGGCGUGUAUCAAAACUCCUAGAUGCGGAUGGAUAUUAUUUUGAGCGUGCGAGGCCACAGUAUGAGGACAAACCCGCGUCGGCAUUCAUGCAUACUAAGGACCUUGGCUGCCACGGCGACGGCUUGACCGACGACACGGCAGCUUUCCAAGCUGCUCUGUAUGCCAGUGUCGGUAAGAUCUUAUUUGUGGACGCCGGAACCUAUAUUCUCACCUCGACUAUUGUCAUUCCACCAGGAUCUAAGAUUGUGGGUGAGACCUGGUCACAACUGGCCGCAUCGGGCCCUUACUUUUCGAAUGCCAAUUCUCCUUCUUUCGAGUCUCGGUUAACAUGCGUGUCAAGCAACCCCAAGGUCAUGCUUCAGGUCGGACAGGCUGGACAGAUCGGUAAUGUGGAAAUGCAGGACCUUCUUUUUACGACACAUGGUCCGACAGCUGGUGCCAUUCUCGUGCAAUGGAAUAUUAAAGCCGAGUCUCAAGGCGCUGCAGGUUUGUGGGACUGUCACGCGAGAGUGGGAGGCGCACUCGGCACAAAACUUACGCCCGCUGAGUGCCCUGCCGCUACAAGCGGGAUCGAUCCAGGAUGCUCUGCCGCCAGUCUGAUGAUGCACCUAACAAAAUCGGCUUCGGGCUACUUUGAGAAUAUGUGGCUCUGGGGGGCUGAUCAUAUGAUUGACGAUCCUGAUUGGGUAGAUCCUAAGAAUGAUAUGACGCAGACCUCAAUAUAUGUCGCUCGCGGCUUUUUGAUCGAAAGUACAGAUCCUACUUGGCUUUAUGGCACCGCGUCGGAACAUGCUGUCUUCUACCAGUAUAACUUUCACUCGGCAUCUAACCUAUUCGUUGGUCUACUACAAACAGAGUCACCUUACUUCCAGCCGACACCCUCGCCACCGGCUCCGUUUACCAACACAGUUGGACAGUUCCCUGGCGACCCUGAUUACACGUGCACUCGAGGAGAUAAGUUCAACGGCUGCGACGAGUCCUGGUCCACUAUUAUGACGGGAUCGGAUAAUAUCUUUAUCGCAGCUGCAGGUAUCUACUCUUGGUUCUCGACAUACAGCCAGAACUGUAUCGAUACGCAACAAUGCCAAAAGGUACUCAUGCUCCUCAAAAACAAUUUCGCCAACAUUCGUAUCACCAACCUCGUGACGAUCGGGACCCAGUACAUGGCCGUAAUGGAUGGCAAGGGCAUCCUCGCCGCUGAUAACCUCAAUGUUGAAAUUCACCCGAAAUGGUCACAGAUCAGUGUCCUCGAUGUUGGGGGAAGCGACAAUCGCUUUGAAGAUUAUGUCUGGAUCGACCCUAAGAUAUGGAAUAUGGAUCAGCCACAGUUCACUUGUUCUCUACCCUGCAAAGCCAUCAUACCUCCUUGGACCGGCGCAACAAGUACUGUGAACUACCCUUUCAUCACAGUCAGCCAGGGAACGUGGACCAGCACUAUCACACAAGCGCCACUAACUAUCACGGAGUGGAUAUUUGAGGCUGUCACAAAGACCGAAGACAGUGUCGGCAAACAUAAACGCGCUGCGGAAACUAUUCGACCUGUUCCGGCGACAACUCCUUAUUGGCCUGCCGUUGUUUUUAAGGGCAGUGACGGAAAGCCGACCACGACGUCGGCAACUGGGCCCUUUCCCACGCCUCCCAAGUCUAUCGGCCCGGAUACACCUGCGCCACCCUCCGGAAAUUGGCCCAAACGUGAGAUUAUCCUGUAUGUCGGCAAUACAGAUUCUCCGAUUGUUACGCCGUGCUCUUACCUUGAUUUUGAAAACUCAAGAUGCAUCAACCAGCCUUGGUUCUGGGGCAGCGCCAGCGCUCCGGAUGGCGACGAUGGCGACAUCGAGAAUCUAUGGGAAGCAGGGACCUCAUGCCCUGCUCCUACAAGCACCUCCACAUCAACGACGUCGUCAACAAAGCCAAUUCAAACCACCGCACCCUUACGAUAUGCUCAAGGUGAUCCUCAGAGCAAUAAAGUCAAGUGUUAUAACAGCGGCGAAGACACGGAAGAUGAGCGAAUGCAGAACGCGGCGAAGAGCUUUUGUGAUAUCCUCUCCCGCAAGAACCUCGGCCCGGGUUUUUUCAUAGAAAGGGACUUUCCUUUCCCGUACAAUGGAGGCCUCGGCACAGUUGUCAUCAAGGAGUCGCUCGAAAUCAAGGAAGGAUGCAGCUUUGGCAGCCUCCACACGUCGGGUAGAAGAGACUUGGAGGGGCGAGACAGUGCAUUUGACGAGGCCUUGUGUGAGCACUACCUGUCUGUGCCGGCAGACAGCUGCAACUGUGGUGGUGUUAAUCAUAAGCAAGGAGCCCUUUCACUGGAAGAUAGGACGAAUCAAAUGAAAGAAAGGUCACGUUUGAUGGAAGAGAGGCCACCUGUCUCCUCUAUCUUGGCUUCCCUCGAAUUCAUGAACGACUGGGAACAUGACUGGGUCGAACACCACCAACACCAUGAAGGAGCUGAGUUUGUGGCAUACGGGGAGCUUAGUGAUGAGGAUCGGCCAUACGCACGCGAGAUGAAGGAAGAUGGAAGCUGGGAGGAGGACUCGGAUACCGAAUUUCUGAACAAAUGCUGCGGCAGAGGUAGGCCAAUGUACUGGAGAGAUCUGAAGCUGUACGUUGCCGCAUCUCCGGACAGAGGCUUUGUCACUAUAAAGGACUAUGUUUCUGCCGUGCAUCCAUGGCUCAUGAGUUUACGCGAGGACCUUGUUGAAGCCAAGGUGGACUCCCUAUUAUCUGCCCCUGGACCGCUGGACGUGGCCCUCGAGACCACAUGGAUAGUGAACACUAGAAGGGUACCAACAAUCGAUAUUGAGACCGAGCAAGAAUGGCUUAGACGUAUUCAACCACCGCGACCAAUAAGCCCAGAACUCAUAAAAAGACUCCGGGCUGCACGGGGGCUCUUUGAUUAG